AUGUAUCUACUCUCAUUCAGCCCCCUCCCAAACAGUCCAGUUCGUCCAGUUCAGUUCAGUCCAGUCCAGUCGAAUCCCAUCCAGCCAGUCCAUCGCGAACCAUCCAGUCCAUCACCAUCACCAUCACCAUCACCAUCACCAUCACCAUCACCAUCACCAUCACCAUCACCAUCACCAUCACCAUCACCAUCACCAGCACCAUCACCAUCACCAUCACCAUCACCAUCACCAUCACCAUCACCAUCACCAUCACCAUCACCAUCACCAUCACCAUCACAUCACCAUCCCAUCACCAUCACCAUACCAUCCCAAUAA